AUGUCUCCCCCUGAGCCUGCAGCAGCCUUACGUCUCCCCCUGAGCCUGCAGCAACCGUACGUCUCCCCCAAGCCUGCAGCAGCCUUACGUCUCCCCCGAGCCUGCAGCAGCCUUAUGUCUCCCCCUGAGCCUGCAGCAGCCUUACGUCUCCCCCUGAGCCUGCAGCAGCCCUACGUCUCCCCCCUGAGCCUGCAGCAACCAUACCAGCCUUACGUCUCCCCCUCCGCCUGCAUCAGCCUUACGUCUCCCAACCCAUUCUGCAGCAGCCUUACGUCUCCCCCUGAGCCUGCAGCAGCCUUACGUCUCCCCCUCCGCCUGCAUCAGCCUUACGUCCCCCCCCCAGCCUGCAGCAGCCUUACGUCCCCCCCUGAGCCUGCAGCAGCCUUACGUCUCCCCCUCCGCCUGCAUCAGCCUUACGUCCCCCCCCCAGCCUGCAGCAGCCUUACGUCCCCCCCUGAGCCUGCAGCAGCCUUACGUCUCCCCCUCCGCCUGCAUCAGCCAUACGUCUCCCCCCAUUCUGCAGCAGCCUUACGUCUCCCCCUGAGCCUGCAGCAGCCUUACUUCCCCCCCUCCGAGCCUGCCGCAGCCUUACGUCUCCCCCCGAGCCUGCAGCAGCCUUACGUCUCCCCCUCCGCCUGCAUCAGCCUUACGUCUCCCCCUCCGCCUGCAUCAGCCUUACGUCUCCCCCCCCAGCCUGCAGCAGCCUUACGUCUCCCCCUGAGCCUGCAGCAGCCUUACGUCUCCCCCCCCCAGCCUGCACCAGCCUUACGUCUCCCCCUGAGCCUGCAGCAGCCUUACGUCUCCCCCCCCCAGCCUGCAGCAGCCUUACGUCUCCCCCUGAGCCUGCAGCAGCCUUACCCUGCAGCAGCCUUACGUCUCCCCCUGAGCCUGCAGCAGCCUUACGUCUCCCCCCGAGCCUGCAGCAACCAUACGUCCCCCCCCCAGCCUGCAGCAGCCAUACGUCUCCCCCCCCAUUCUGCAGCAGCCUUGCGUCUCCCCCUGAGCCUGCAGCAGCCUUACGUCUCCCCCCGAGCCUGCCGCAGCCUUACGUCUCCCCCCGAGCCUGAAGCAGCCUUACCCUGCAGCAGCCUUACGUCUCCCCCUGAGCCUGCAGCAGCCUUACGUCUCCCCCACCCAGCCUGCAGCAGCCUUACGUCUCCCCCUGAGCCUGCAGCAGCCUUACGUCUCCCCCUGAGCCUGCAGCAGCCUUACGUCUCCCCCCGAGCCUGCAGCAACCAUACGUCCCCCCCCCCAGCCUGCAGCAGCCUUACGUCUCCCCCUGAACCUGCAGCAGCCAUACGUCUCCCCCCCCAUUCUGCAGCAGCCUUACGUCUCCCCCUGAGCCUGCAGCAGCCUUACGUCUCCCCCCGAGCCUGCCGCAGCCUUACGUCUCCCCCCGAGCCUGAAGCAGCCUUACGUCCCCCCCCCCAGCCUGCAGCAGCCUUACGUCUCCCCCCGAGCCUUACGUCUCCCCUGAGCCUGCCGCAGCCUUACGUCUCCCCCCGAGCCUGA